AUGCUUUUGCGCUUGAAAUUCAGUUAUGAUAAUCUUGGUGGCGACAUGAUUAAAUCGUGUUUCCUGUACUGCGCACUGUUUCCAGAGGACUAUUCCAUUGGCAAAGAAAAACUUAUAGAUUACUGGAUAGGCGAAGGAUUCUUAGAUGGGUGGAAUGAUGAUCUUGAUACAGCCCAUAACAAGGGACAUGAUAUCAUUGGAAGAUUAAAGGCUGCAUUCUUGUUGGAGACUGGUUCUGAUGAAGAAAGAGAGGUAAAGUUGCAUGAUGUGAUACGUGAUCUGGCGUUAUGGAUAGCUUCUGAGUGCGGGAAGAAUAAGAAGAGGUUUUUGGUGAGAGCUGGCGUGGGACUGAGGCAUGCACCAGAGGUUGAAAGGUGGAAGGAGGCUGAGAGGAUAUCUCUAAUGAAUAAUGACAUAAAAGAAGUAACAGAGACACCUCAAUGCCCCGACCUCUUAACCUUGAUGCUCCAAUGGAAUCGGGAUUUUGGAAAGGUCCACACUGAUUUUUUUCAGUUCAUGCCUCUUCUCAGGGUCUUGGAUCUGUCAGGUAAUUCAUUUUUAAAGGAGCUUCCUGCAGGGAUCGGUAACUUGGCAGAGCUACGAUAUCUCAAUCUAUUAAACACGAAGAUCACAACAUUGCCUGAAGAGAUAGGAAAUCUCGUAAAGCUGAAGCACUUGGACUUGGAGUUGACAACUCGUUUGCACACAAUUCCUCAAGGGGCAAUCUCCAGGCUUUCUGAAUUAAGAGUAAUGAACCUAUAUUAUAGUUAUUCAAAGUGGGAAGAAGGGAGUGAGGGAUUAAAUAUGAAUGAGUUGGAAGGCUUGGAACGUUUAAUCCAUCUUGAUCUCACCUUAUCAACUGUGCAUGCUCUUAAAAGGUUGCUCUGCUCUAGCAACCUGCGGAAGGUGACUCGGUAUGCAAUUCUGAACAGAUGUGAGGAUCUGACUAUCUCCAAUCAACUAUCAUUCCUUUUUACUGCAAUGAAAAGUCUUCAAGGGCUUAAUUUUAAUCGCUGCAAUGGGUUGGUGGAGGUGAUGAUUAGUGUGGAUGCGAAGAAGGACGAUGAUUAUCCUGUUUCGAGCCUAGAAUGGCUAGUCCUUUGGCAACUCCCCCCACUUAAAUUGCAUUCGGGUGGGCCGCAGAUGCUUCAGAAACCUUUCACACCAUAA